ACAGGACAGCCGAGUCCGUGCCAAGGAGAAGGCGUAGACUUCCUUCAAACAUUUCCUCCGCCAUCUCCGCUUUCGGAGUUUUGUGGAAUCUUUGUACGAGGAGGAGGACUUUUUUUUUUUUUUUUUUUUUUGAAGUCCUCUCUCAUAUAUAUACAUAUUUGUUUGCUCUCUUCACCUUGUCGCUGCUUUCCUCCUCCUCCUCCCUCUCCCUUGUCUGUCUUGGAGCUUUGAGAGGACUCCGCGCUCCCUUCGCCUGAACUUUUUUUUAUUUUUUCUGCAGACAUGGACUGGGGAACGGAUCUGUGGGACCAGUAUGAUGUCAUCGACAAGCACACGCAGUCGGGCCUCGACCUGGUGGAUCGUUACAUAAAGUUUGUGAAGGAGCGGACGGAGAUAGAACAAAACUACGCCAAGCAGCUCAGGAAUCUAUCGAAGAAAUACGCAAAACGAGGAAGCAAGGAUGAGCAAGACUGCAAGUUCAGCAACCAUGCGUCGUUACAGGAGAUCCUGAACGAGCUGAACGACUACGCUGGCCAACGAGAGCUCAUCGCUGAGAACAUGAUGACCGGCAUCUGCGUCGACCUCAUGAAGUACCUUCAGGAGCUCAAACAAGAACGGAAGACGCACCUGUCCGAUGCCAAGAAGGCCCAGCAGAACCUGGAGAGCAGCUACAAACAGCUGGAGAGUACAAAGAAGCGCUACGCCAAGGAGUGGGCGGAGGCUGAAAAAGCCACGCAACAAGCAGAUAAAAUAGAGAGCGAGUCCAACGCCACCAGACCCGACGUGGACAAAGCCAGGCAGCACGCCCAUGCCCGCACGCACACGGCGGAGGAGUGCAGGAACGACUACGCGUCCCAGCUCCAGAAGUACAACAAGGAGCAGAACUUCUUCUACUACUCCGAGAUACCGCAGAUCUUCAAUAAACUGCAGGACAUGGACGAGCGGAGGAUUCGGAGGCUGGCGGAGGGCUACUGCCAGUUUUCAGACAUCGAGAAGAAGGUGCUGCCCAUCAUCUCCAAGUGUCUAGAAGGAAUCUCCGCAGCCGGGGCGAAAAUUGACGAGAAGCAGGACUCGAUACUGUUCAUCGAGCAGCACAAAUCUGGCUUCGAGCGACCCGGAGACGUGGAGUUUGAAGACUACACCCAGGGAAUCAAGCCAGCAACCUCCGAGUCCAGCCUGCACCCGCCGAAAGUGCGCGCCAAGCUCUGGCCUUUCAGCAAGAAGAACAAGGCUGAAAAGCACAUGCCGCCGGCAGCAGAGGAUUUCUCUCACCUUCCUCCGGAGCAGAGGAAGAAGAGGCUGCAGGGCAAGAUCGAUGAAAUCGCGAAAGAGCUGCAAAAAGCCCAGGACCAAAGCGAGGCACUGGAGAAGAUGAAGGGCGUGUACGAGCAGAACCCACAGAUGGGAGACCCCUCCAGUCUGGAGCCUCAGAUCACAGAAACCACCCAGAGCCUUGGACGCCUGAGGGGGGAGCUCACCAAAUACGAGACGUGGCUGUCAGAAGCAGUAGGCGGAGAGGAAUCUUCCAACACCAUCAACAACAAUAUUCGACACGGUGUUGGAACAGCCGACCACUCUCAGAACAUCUACACCGAGUUCGAUGAUGAAUUUGACGACGUAGAAACUCCUGUCGGGCAGUGCACGGCUCUGUACACCUUUGAAGGCAACAGCGAGGGCACCAUCUCCAUCACAGAAGGAGAGCAGCUGAGCGUAAUGGAGGAGGAUAAAGGAGACGGAUGGACGAGAGUGCUCAGAGCCAGCGGAGAGGAGGGCUAUAUACCUUCGUCCUAUGUCAAAUUUUCCUCCUAACUUCCGCCGCGGCGCUCGUGGUAGAAGUUAAGAGCCGGAGGUGAAUACAAAGUCAUCCGCGGAUAAUCGGAGCUGCUCUCUGCAUCUUUUAUCUCGGCCGCUGAUGUGUGUGGCGAGAUGAAAGCGAGCGAUUAUAGAGUUGUCGAGGCAGAUUGUUACAUCUCCUACACUCCGCGCGCCUGCGCUCGCUGUGCCGGGUGACGCCGCCUCUAAACGCAACUCCGUCUGAACUUUAUAGAUUUAAGCUCUUUUUAAAACCUAAACAACCUUUUGAAUGUACGCCUUGGUCACAGUGUUGACGACUCCUCUUGUGUAUUCAACAUUAAUUGUAGCCUCGAGUUACAUCUUUUUUUUUUUUGUUGUUGUUGUUUUCACCAACGUAUAUCCGCCCACUUGACUUUCCCCACUGCCAAUUCUAAUAACCUGCUGAACUUUUUCCUUUUUGCCACACUCUCUGCUCAAAACAAAAAAAAAAACAAAAUAGACCCUCGUCUGGCAGGAUACUGUGACUUUUACUUUUAUUAUUGUGAUGAUGUUUUGUGACUUUUAACUGGAUGAAAACCACUACUCUGUGGAGAGGGCUCAAUGAUUUAUGUAGUGGAUGUGAUGGGGGGACGGGGGCAGGUCUGUAUUUUGUGAAACAGGUUUUCUCUGUGUUAUCUUUUCAUUCCUUGCUAAUUUGAUUCCAAGCCUGAGCGAUGAGGGCAAAAAAAUGUAUCACAGGCCUCCUGAAACUAACGUGACGCCUCAGCGUCUCCGAUAAACCUGAGCCUCCUCUGUCCUCCACGGCUCAGCAGAGGAACGUAAAGAGGAACUCCUUGCCAGUCUUUAGGACUUUGUUUUUCCGAUGGGCAUUCAGAAGGGAACUCUAUAUAAAGAUAAGGAUAAAUUGCAGCAUGUAAAACGAGUUUCGGUGUCGUUACAGCCAUGUGAGGACCGUGAAGGGAGACUAGACACGAUGCAAACCCGUCCUUUAAAUCCGUGUGAUGCAUUGAUGUAUUGUAAUAUUUCUACUUGGGCAUGGCUUUGUCAAAAUGAAAAAGGAAAAGCACAAUGGAGAGCAGAAACACAUUUAAGUUCAAUGCAAAGAAAAACCUAUAACACUCAUUUAGGAGCGAGAGUCGCCACCAUGUCCAGAUUUACACGGAUGCGGCUUAACGCUGCAUUGGAGCCGUUUCAGUUCCGACGGCCGGCUGCUUCUUCUUCUUUAGGUUUCUCAUAUUCUGUUUUUACACGGCGCCGGUUUCGCGUUUUGAGCCGCCACGGCGUCUAAAUCUCACUACUCCUAUUGGGAAGCUUUUUUAAAAACAAUGGGCAUUUAUUUUUUUUCCUUUUAAACCUUCCUGGAAGUCCACAUGCCUUGUUCAGCCAAAUAAAACUAAAGACAAAUUCUCACCGUGACAUAUUUGAAAAGGGAGGAAGUGGGUUUUUGAGAUUCACCUUGUCACUGGAUCACUGUAAAGUGUGAUCAAGCACUUUUAAAAUCUGUUUUAAAAUCUCUCUUUCUAAAUAUAUAUAUAUAUGUAUAUCUCACUGAGCCAAGGUUUACUCAUCUCUUUCUGUACCACUCUGUCCUGCACUAGUAAAGUGUAUUAUUGUAUGAUCCAUUCUCUAAAGAAAAUGUCUGUAUUUACAUGUAUCAUAAAGCAGAAAGAAAAAAAAACA